AUGAUUUACUGCCUCAUGAAGGCCCCCUUUCCAGUUUCAAACAGAGACUUCUUGCAGUGGAGGAGAACUGAAGAAGACCCGGAGGCCAAAAUCGUCCGCAUGCUUAUGAGGUCGGCUGACCAUCCCUCGAUGCCGGAGAGGAGCGGAGUGGUCAGAGCGGAGACUUUGAUUUCGGGCUACAUCAUGCAGCAAAAGCCCGACGACGAAAACUCCUCCACUCUUUUCAUUUUGGCGCAGACUGACGUCAGAGGUCUCAUCCCCAAAGUGCGUCUCGGGUGGUUUGCGGGAUGGGCUCAGUGGAUUGUCAACACCACCGCCGCGAGGGCCCCCGUGGGUUGGGUGGAAAAUCUGAAGAAGGCCUGCAAGGCUUAUAUGAAGGAACACGGCAACUACGUGCCGCCGUACAACCCGACAGCUUGA